CUUGAGUCGAUCCUCGCCACCACCAUACCGCCGCCUCACCCCAUGACUUUCUGCGCGCCCGUGGGGGCAUCAAUGCUGCUCUCGCGCUUUCUCUCGCCACGCGCCACGUGUCUGUCCUCCAUUCGCCGCGAGGUGCGGAGCGUGGCGAUGGCGUCCGUCGCCGCAACAGCACCGUCAAAAGUGCAGUUCGUGGAGCUGAUGGGGCAGGGGUUGGCGCAGCGGAAGGCCGCCAUCCAAGAUCUGCGGGUGGUGCCUCUGGAGGGUCCUUCUCGAUACAUCCGACCGCAAAGCAUUCGAUACAAGCAGCACGGCAAGGACCGUCGAUGGGACAUGGUGCAAUCUCAUCCGUCCGUCGCUGUGCUGCUCUUCCACACAGGUGCACACCAUGGUGCGUCAGUUCCGCCCCACAGUGCUCGCAGCAGUGGCAGCGGCAACAGGGGCGGACAUAAGGGGGGGAGAGGAGGGCGUGCAGUUAACAGGGGACCUUGAUGCCGCCUUCACCUACGAGCUGUGCGCAGGGCUGGUGGACAAGCCGGGCAAAGACCUCCGGCAAAUCGCCAAGGAGGAGAUAGCAGAGGAGACGGGGUACGACGUGCCCUUGGACUCCCUGCAAGUGGUGACGGCCGCUCUCACGUCCGUGGGGAUAUCAGGCGCCAAGCAGACGCUGUUCUACGCGCAGGUGAACGAGGGUCAGAGGAUUCACGCUGGGGGAGGCAAGGAGGACGAGGGCGAGGCUAUCGACGUGGUGGGGCUGCCCCUCUCUCAGCUGGACGCCUUCAUUGCUGAUGUGGACCUGCCCAAGAGCCCUGGAGGGCUGUUUGGGGUCGCCUGGUUCAAAGCUACAGUGCUGCCCACACUGAAAAACAAAAACUAAAUCAUGCUAAUGUAGUGUGCGUGUGUGCUGUUACACUAAAACAAUCUAGUAAGAUAUCUACAGCAGACACUAGCUCAUUGAAGUAUUUGGGAUGAGACUGGUGUGUUUUGAAUAUUUGCUAGAAUAUGUGAUGUCCUUGAAUCAUUUGGCUGAAGAA